UCCCUUCUGUCUCCCAGCAGCUACAUGUACCGGCAUGCGCUGCGGAGAGGACCGAAAGUGUGUGGUGCGCGACGGUGCCCCGAGGUGCGUGUGCAGCCCCCAGUGCCACCUGAAGCACAAGGCACCCGUGUGUGGCUCCGAUGGGCGGACUUACGUUUCGGAGUGCCAUCUCCUGAAACGGGCGUGCAGGAAGAGGAGGCGGCUGCUGGUCACGCAUUACGGACCUUGUCAGACAUGCAGCGGCGUGCGUUGCAGCGCGGGCAAGACCUGCGUCCUGGACGAGCAGUUGACCCCACGCUGCGUCCGAUGCCCAACGACCUGCCCAGCCCCGGAGAAGCCCCGGCCGAUCUGCGGCGCCGACGGCAGGACAUACCCCUCGCCGUGCCACCUGAAGAAGGGCAUCGUGCCGCGCCCAGAAGGAGAUUCCGAGAGCCUACAAGGGCGCCUGCCGAGAUGGCGCCACGUGCAACCUGGUGCGCUGCUGGCGGGACCAGAGAUGUCUGACGCACGUGAGCACGGGGAUGCCCCAGUGCACAUGGUGCGGCUCCUUGGAGUCGUGCAGGGCCUCUUCCCGCCCCGUCUGUGCCUCCGACGGGAAGGUGUACCCCUCGUGGUGCGCCCUUCGCCACGAGGCCUGUCGCUCCGGCCGCGCCCUACCUCCCGCCCUCCACCACCACUGCUCUGCUAGUGAGUACACCUGCCAUG